AUGCCAAUCACUCCUCUCCUGGCGUUCGCCUUGAUCGCCAUGUCCUCUGCUCAGGAAACCUGUCCUGCGAUUCCUCCCAACGACGUUGAAAUUGGACAACCUGUGCCGAUUGUUCCGGGUGACAUUCCCAAGGGAUGUUCUGCGUUCGAAAUUCUUGUUGAGACUGAUGUGUCAAAUCCAGCUCGUGGCACCAGCGAGCCCAGUUUCCCAAAAUUCGGUGUCAUCGUCGGUGACCCCGUCGUGAGCAAUGUUUCUGCACAACUGCCUGGCGUCCAGGGUUAUCCAGUUCAGUACCCAGCAAGUUCUCAGGUCAUCACUGGUGGCAGACAAGGCACAGACGACAUUGUCAAGCGUUUGACUACGCAGUCUGCUGCAUGCCCCAAUCAAACCUUUGCUCUAGUUGGCUAUUCACAGGGAGCAAGUAUUAUGCAUCGGGCCGCAGAAAGGCUCCCCGUGUCUUUGUUCCCACGGAUCAAGGCAGUCGUCAUGUUUGGUGAUCCUCAGCAGAGGUUGGGCACCUUGGGAGACAAGUUUCCGAUUGGUCUGCGGCCAAAGGUGUUGCAGGUUUGUGCAAAGGGCGAUCCUGUCUGCGAUUCGGGAUCUUGCCAGUACUACCAUCUAACCUAUGUCCUCCCGAAACUGAUGGAACCCGCUGUGGCUUUCAUCGUCAGAGCAUUCCAAGGAUCACCACGCCUCUAG